AUGGAGAUGCCCAACAGCACGACGGCGGCGACGACGGCGGCCGUGACCACCGGCAGCCAGUCCACCAGCCCGGCGCCCGCGGCGAGCCUGGGCUACCAGCUGGGCACGUCGGUGGUGCUGGGCGCGCUGAUCCUCUUCGCCGUCCUGGGCAACGCCUGUGUGAUCGCGGCCAUCGCCCUGGAGCGCUCCUUGCAGACGGUGGCCAACUACCUGAUCGGCUCGCUGGCCGUCACGGACCUGAUGGUGUCGGUGCUGGUGCUGCCCAUGGCCGCCCUUUACCAGGUGCUGGGCAAGUGGACGCUGGGCCAGGUGACCUGCGACAUCUUCAACUCGCUCGACGUGCUGUGCUGCACCUCCUCCAUCCUGCACCUGUGCGCCAUCGCCCUGGACCGCUACUGGGCCAUCACUGACCCCAUCGACUACGUCAACAAGCGGACGCCCCGGCGGGCCGCCGUCCUCAUCAGCCUCACCUGGCUGAUCGGCUUCCUCAUCUCCAUCCCGCCCAUGCUGGGCUGGCGGACCCCCGAGGACAGGGCUGACCCCAACGCCUGCACCAUCAGCAAGGACCCCGGCUACACCAUCUACUCCACCUUCGGCGCCUUCUACAUCCCGCUGCUCCUCAUGCUGGUCCUCUACGGGCGCAUCUUCAAGGCGGCCCGCUUCCGGAUCCGCAAGACCGUCAAGAAAGCCGACAAGAAGCAGCAGCGACGGCGGCAGCAGCAGCAGGCGGAGAAGGUGGCGGACACUUGCCUCUCCGCCUCGCCCUCCAGCGAGCCCAAGAGGAGCAACGGUGGUCCCCAGCAGCAGCAGCUGCCGCAGCCCAAAAACUGGAAGAGCGCAGUGGAGCCCAAAGGGUCGAGCAGCGCCUGUGUCAACGGGGCCCUCCGGCUGGGAGAGGACGGCCCCGUGGCUGCCUGCGCCUUGGAGAUCCUCGAGGUGACUCCCUCCAACUCCACCAAGAGCCACCUGCCCCUGCCCAACCACCACCACCACCACCGCCACCACUCCCAAGCCGGCUCCGGAGUCGCCACGCCGGGCACCGAGAGGAAGAAUGAGCCCAAGAACGCCGAGGCCAAGCGCAAGACGGCGUUGGCCCGGGAGAGGAAAACGGUCAAGACCUUGGGCAUCAUCAUGGGCACUUUCAUCCUGUGCUGGCUGCCCUUUUUCAUCGUGGCCCUGGUCUUGCCCUUCUGUGAUUCCUGCUACAUGCCGGACUGGCUGGGCGCCGUUAUCAACUGGCUGGGCUACUCCAACUCCCUCCUCAACCCGGUCAUCUACGCCUACUUCAACAAAGAUUUCCAAAGUGCUUUCCAGAAGAUCGUCAAGUGCAAGUUCUGUACGCAGUGA